CCGAUUUCUUAUCAAUUUCAUUCGUCUCAAUGAUUCACCAAAAAACAACAAAGAAUAAAUUCAAUUAAUUCGUCAGACAAACUCAAUUUUCUCACUUUUCAUACUUUUUUUGUUACCUAAAAAUCCCACAAAAGUAUUAAACCACAAAAAUGCAGGACAAUCGCCCGGAACUGAUGGAAGAGAUCAAACUUUAUCGCACAGCUCGCGAACGCGAAAAGUACGACAACAUGGCAGACUUGUUCGCCCUCAUCACGACCCUUCAGAACCUCGAGAAGGCCUACGUUCGUGAUUGUGUGACGCCUCAGGAGUACACAGCAGCGUGCAGCAAGUUACUCGUGCAAUACAAAGUCGCCUUCAAAAUUGUGCAAGACGACGAAUUCCCGACAAUUGAUGCUUUUGUGAAGAAAUACAAGUUGGAUUGCCCGGCGGCGUUGGCUCGCAUCAAAGAAGAUCGCCCAAUUACGAUCAAAGAUGACAAAGGAAACACGAGUAAAUGCAUCGCCGACAUCGUUUCGCUUUUCAUCACACUCAUGGAUAAGUUACGACUCGAGAUUAAAGCCAUGGAUGAACUUCAUCCCGAUUUACGGGACUUGGUUGACACCAUGAAUCGUCUUUCUUUGAUCCCAUCGGACUUUGAGGGCAAGGAAAAAGUCAGCAGUUGGCUCUCGACAUUGAAUUCGAUGCAAGCAAGUGACGAAUUGACGGAAUCGCAAAUCCGACAAAUGUUGUUUGACCUUGAAUCGGCUUAUGCUGCCUUCAAUAACUUACUACAUUCGACGUAAUUCACGAAAAUUAAUUUAAAAAUUAAAAUAAAAUUUGAAAAUUCACAUUUAUUGGACGGAAUGUGUUUCGUGUUG